UUCCUCAGUCAGUCAACGAUGAGGAGAUAAGGAGCUGUAUAAACCAGCCAGGCUUCCUUCAGAGCUAAGCAGCAGGUUGGACCUAGAGAGACAGAGCCUCUGGGAUUGGAACCAACCGACACCUCGACUCCUUGAUGAUGGCGAUGAUGAAGUUGGCUGUGCUUGUUCUCGUUUGUGCCGCCGUAGCUCAGACCGUAGCUGAUGCUCCUCAGGCAGCUUCCUCUGAACCAGCUGAAGAUAACGUGGUGUUGGAAAAGAAACGUCUAAUUUUCCAUAAUUACUGGACUGUAAUGCGCGGUCGCCGCUUCCGUUACUUUUCAAGCCCAAAGACUUGGGCUCAAGCUGAGAGUUUCUGCCGGUCCAUUGGGGCCAACCUGGCCUCGGUUAGAAACCGCUUUGAGAACUACAAACUCCUGCGGCUGAUAAAGAAGAAACAAGGCCGUUUCACACCAACUUGGAUCGGAGGCUCUGAUGCUCAGACGAAUGGUGUUUGGUUUUGGAGUGAUGGGAGCAACUACCAGUACACCAACUGGUGUCCCAAUGAGCCCAACAAUUACCAUGGCCGCCAGCACUGCUUGCAAAUGAAUUUUUCAUACCGAAGAUGCUGGGAUGAUGUGGAGUGCUGGGAACGCAGACCCUUCAUCUGUGUCAAGAGAAGGUGGAGAAUUCUGGGAUGAAGACGCCUGUUAAGCUUGACGGAUUCCUGCUUUUUUCUCUCUGCUUGUGUGGGUUGAUCAGUUCCACACCAGUUCUGAAAACUCCAUCAAGUACUUCAGCUCUGUCGCUUCAGAGACAGAAGCAGCCACUCACAAUGCUGCUGGAUGAUCUCUGCACUCUUGUGAAAGUUUUUUGAAACAAAUUUCACAUCUAAGUCAACUGGUCUUUUUUCUUGGUAGUUUUUUUCUUUUCUUUUAGCAAAUCUCAAUUUCAUGCAAUUAAAAAGUUGGUGAAGACCA